AUGAGCAAAUAUAAUGUUGUCACAGAGCAUGCAAAGACAAGAAUUUGGGAGGGUGAGGUUGAAAAGCUCCCUUUCUCUCACUCCAAGUUUAUUGAUUAUUCGCAGACCAUUAAUUCUGGUGAAGGAGAAGAUGCCCGGAACUCGGCUGCCAAAGCCAUCAUAAACCAGAUAAUGACCUACUUACCCAUAUCAAAAACCAGUAUAGGGAUCCUAAAGGACUCUAUUAUUUAUGUAUAUUUGAGAAUAUCCGCGUUAGAUAGCUAUGAAGGCCAUUUCAGUUUGAGAUUGGAUUGCAAAUCAAUAUAG